CCCGUCCCACCCCCAGCUUCCGCGGCGCUGCGGGCCGGAUGCACUGCGGUAUCAGGAUUCUUACCGCCUGGAGAAAGAGUAGAAAAUGCAAAACAACGAAAUCAUAAAACCUGCCAAAUACUUUUCUGAAUUGGAAAAGAGUAUCUUGCUUGCAUUAGUGGAAAAGUAUAAAUAUGUGCUUGAAUGUAAGAAAAGUGAUGCCAGGACGAUUGCACUUAAGCAGAGGACCUGGCAAGCCCUCGCCCAUGAAUACAAUUCUCAACCGAGUGUCUCACUCCGAGAUUUCAAACAACUGAAGAAGUGUUGGGAAAACAUCAAGGCCCGGACCAAAAAGAUAAUGGCCCAUGAAAGGAGAGAGAAGGUAAAAAGGAGCGUUAGUCCACUUCUAAGCACACAGGUAAUAGGAAGAGAGAAGAUUGCCAGCAUGCUACCUGAGCAAAUUUACUUUUUACAGAGUCCUCCGGAGGAAGAGUCAGAAUACCAUCCUGACACAGCAAACCAAGAACCUUUUCCUGUUUCAAAUCGAGAACUCUGCGAGGAGGAGAAGGAACUAAUUCACUUCCCAGUUUGCGAAGGGACCUCUCAGCCUGAACCUUCAUGUUCAGCUGUCAGAAUAACCACCAAUAAGAACUACCGGAGCAGAGCGUCUCAGGAAAGCGCUUUGAGAAAAAUGCACGAAGAAGAACACCAUCAGCAAAUGUCCAUCUUGCAGCUGCAGCUGAUCCAGAUGAACGAAGUGCACGUGGCCAAAAUCCAGCAGAUUGAAAGAGAGUGUGAAAUGGCAGAAGAGGAGCACAGGAUAAAAAUGGAGGUUCUGAACAAAAAGAAGAUGUACUGGGAGAGGAAACUGCAAACGUUCACCAAGGAGUGGCCUGUGUCGUCCUUUAACAGGCCCUUCCCCAACUCACCAUAGAGGACAGGGAACACAUGCGUGAAUUCACGUUUGACUAAGGUGUUGGGGGGAAGGAUGGGGGAGAUAAAUCUAUGAAUCUGCAAAGUUGGAAUGAGACCAGUUAAGUGUCUGAAUCAAUUGGAAGUAGUGACUUUUCUGAGAGUACGUUCAGAUAGCACGCCCAACUCGCCCCCUGUCUGACUCCUUUAUCUAUGACCACCUCCACUCAAAAGGAUGAGGAAAGAAGCGAUCUUGGUUUCUGAACGUUGUAACUAUAAGUGUGGUCAUUCUGAACGUGAUGUUGUCUUUAAUUAGGAUUCAUA